AUGUCGGAGAGGUGGGGCACCAGCCCGGAGCAGGUGGUGGCCUCGUGCACAGUCCUGCUGGGGCUUCUCGCCUGGCCGGAGCUACAGGCGGGUGAGGCUGGGGGCAUGUCCGCGGAGUGCGGGGAGCCCGGGCCGGAGGGGCCUCAGGGGCCGUCCCCGGGGCCAGGCGGUCUCCCCGGGGCCUCGGGCUUGGGACAGUGCCCCCCUCGGACCACAUCCACCCCCUGGAGCCUGCCCCUCUGGAGAGCUCACGCGGCCGCCGCGGUGCUGUGCUAUGUCAACCUCCUGAACUACAUGCACUGGUUCAUCAUCCCAGGAGUGCUGCUGGACGUACAGAAGUUUUUUGAGAUCAGUGAUAGCUGUGCUGGUUUGCUUCAGACAGCCCUGGGGUGUGGAAGCCUCCAGGGUGCCAUGCAGACGGGACCCUUCACAGAUGCUGGGCUCCCGGUGAUCUUGGGGUUCACUGGGGUCUUGUGCCUGCCUGCCCAGUAUUCCUGGCUGUUCUUCCUGUCCCGGGGAGUCGUGGGCACCGGCUCGGCCAGCUACUCCACCAUCGCGCCCACCAUUCUGGGCGACCUCUUUGUGAGGGACCAGCGGACCCGGGUGCUGGCCAUCUUCUACAUCUUUAUCCCUGUCGGAAGUGGUCUGGGCUACAUGCUGGGCUCGGCCGUGUUGCAGCUGACCGGGAACUGGCGCUGGGCCCUCCGAGUCAUGCCCUGCCUGGAAGCUGUAGCCUUGGUCCUGCUUAUUGUGCUGGUUCCAGACCCUCCCCGGGGAGCUGCUGAGAAGCAGGAGGAGGUGGCCACGGGGGGCCCGAGGAGCAGCUGGUGGGAGGACGUCAGAUACCUGGGGAGGAACUGGAGCUUUGUGUGGUCCACCCUUGGGGUGACUGCCAUCGCCUUUGUGACUGGAGCUCUGGGCUUCUGGGCCCCCAAAUUUCUGUUCGAGGCCCGUGUGGUGCAUGGACUGCAGCGCCCUUGCCUCCAGGAGCCGUGCAGCAGCCAGGACAGCCUGAUUUUUGGGGCGCUGACUGUCGUGACUGGCAUCAUUGGAGUUGUCCUGGGAGCAGAGGCUUCCAGGAGGUACAAGAGAGUCAACCCUCGGGCCGAGCCCCUCCUCUGCACCGGCAGCCUUCUGGCCGCAGCCCCCUGCCUCUACCUGGCUCUCAUCCUGGCCCCGACCACGUUCCUGGCCUCCUAUGUGCUCCUGGCCCUCGGGGAGCUGCUUCUGUCCUGCAACUGGGCGGUGGUUGCCGACAUCCUGCUGUAUGUGGUCAUCCCCACGAGACGGGCCACGGCUGUGGCCCUGCAGAGCUUCACGUCGCACCUGCUGGGGGACGCCGGGAGCCCCUACCUCAUCGGCUUUAUCUCCGACCUGAUCCGCCAGAGCACCAAGGACUCCCCGCUCUGGGAGUUCCUGAGCCUGGGCUACGCCCUCAUGCUCUGCCCCUUCGUGGUGGUCCUGGGCGGCAUGUUCUUCCUGGCCACGGCCCUCUUCUUCCUGGGCGACCGCGCCAAGGCCGAGCAGCAGGUGAACCAGCUGGUGAUGCCACCCGCACCCGUCAAAGUCUGA